UAUCUCCGACCGCCCGUCUCUCUGCGGUCAUCCUCCGCUUGCUGCUUGCACGUUGCAUACACGUCUUUUGCCUUCUGCCUGCCGCUUCUCCAUCUCCCUUCUGCUCGUCCUAGACCAUCUUCAUGCCGCUUCCUUCCCUCUUCGGCCAGCGUUCCUGCGCUGCCACACCACGACUCUUCGCUCCUCCUCUCCGGUCCUCAAGUUCUGCUCUCCAGCUCCGCGCGCGGUCUCUCAAAGUGCUACCUCUCUGCUCCCCUCUCCACCUCGACUCCACUCUGCAACAUGCCUCCGUCAUCGUCCCGUCCCAACUCGCAUCACCCAUAGCAUUCUCGAUCACCCGACCACAUCCACAUCUCAGUCUCGGCCACGUCAUUAUCACGACCCCCCUCUCAUGCCCUUUCCGCUCACACGUGCUACCCCUCGCUGCCACACCACUUGCCUCACACGCCUCGUCCACAUCCGCCUGUCUCAUACACCCACACUCCAUCGACUCAACACAUCCUUACGAGCGCCAUGCCCCUGCCUCUUCCCCUUCUCCCUUGCGCCGCAAUGUGCAUCGCCCUUCCUCAGUGUCACGCGCAAGUGAAGGCGAUAGAUGAAGUGACAUGCAGUGCGAGACCAAAGCGAGGGUAUGAGAAGGCUACGCUACAAUAGGAGGACGGCGCUGGAGCAAGCAUGCGAGCGGCACGAUGACGAGGGAAGCAGAAGGUGAUCAAGGUGAGGAUCGGGCGGUCGCCGGAUCAGGAGAUGAAGCUAGGCGGCUGUUCCGGCGGCCUCGACAGGAGCCGCAGCAGCGGUUGCAGAGCCGCCGCCGCCAGGGCGCCAAGCUUCGAGCGA